AUGGAUUGUUGCGAGUGGGGUGGUGUAACUUGCGACCAUACGGGUCGUGUUGUAGGACUAGACUUGAGCAAUGAAUCAAUCUCUGGAGGAAUCCAUAAUUCAAGUAGUCUUUUCAGUCUCAAGUAUCUUCAAAGUCUGAAUCUUGCUAAGAACUUCUUCAGCUCUUCGGAGAUUUCAUCAGGAUUUGAAAAGAUAACUAGAUUGACAUAUCUGAAUUUGUCAUCGACCAACUUGAUGGGGCGAUUUCCUAUUGGAAUUUCGCACUUGACAAGGUUGGUCUCAUUGGAUUUAUCUCGGAACAGAUUUCUAGAACUUGGCAACUCAAAUCUAAAAUUGCUUGUUCAGAAUCUCACGAAGAUCACAGAACUCCGACUUGAUGGUGUAAAUAUAUCAUCCAUGGGAGAGGAAUGGUGCCAAGCCAUAUCUUCUUCACUACCUAAUCUUCAAGUCUUGAGCUUGUCUCGCUGUCAUCUCUCAGGUCCUCUUUGUUCUUCUCUUGAGAAUCUCCGGUCCCUUUCAGUGAUCAAUUUGAGUGGGAACAAUUUGUCUGCCCAGUUCCAAAUUUCUUUGCAAACUUCAGACAGAAUUAUCUCAUGGAUUCUAAUUUGCAAGGAACAUUUCCGGAAAACAUCUUCCACGUACCAACUCUACGUACACUUGCUAUUCACUGGACCGAUCCCAAGUUCAUUUGCAAACCUUACUCAACUUGUUCUUUUGGAUUUGGCUUACAACAUGUUUACUGGUCCAAUUCCAUCAUUUUCGAAGAAUAUCUCCAUCAUAUACUUGGACCAUAAUUCACUCAGUGGAACCAUUCCAUCACUUCUUUUGAAUAUUCCAUCGCUGACACAAAUUGAUCUUUCAUUUAACAAAUUUGAUGGUCAAGUUGACGAAAUUUCUAACGCUUCCUCCUCUCUACUAGAGAUCCUCAAUUUGAGAAAUAACAAUUUACAAGGGUCGUUCCCAUGUCUUUCUUUGAGCUCUGAAGGCUUACUGAACUUGCUGAAGAGUUUUCCUGAUCUGAAGAACCAAUCACUGUUAAUUGAGUUGGACCUUUCCGACAACCAACUUGAAGGGGAAAUUCCAAACUGGAUUUGGGAAGUUUCGAAUGGUGGGCUACUUGUUAGGAAUAUAGGGCUCGCUUACUUGAAUUUCUCUCACAGUCUCUUUUCUGGUUUGCAAGAGCCCUAUGUUUCUCACACUUACCUCGCUUUCUUUGACAUACACUCUAAUCAGUUUCAUGGGGAAGUCCCAAUACCUGGAGUGUUAGCUGAAUUCAUGGACUUCUCAAGCAAUAGUUUCAGCACUUCUAUCCCUAAUAUGAUUGGUAGUUUCCUCGCCAAUGCUUAUUUCUUGUCUCUUUCAAAUAAUAGCAUCAUUGGAAACAUUCCUCAGUCAAUAUGCAAUAUGAGAUUAAUUGAAGUUCUAGAUUUGUUUGAAAAUCAUUUGAAUGGCAUGAUACCAUCAUGUUUGAUCAAAAGUGGUAGAUUUCCAUGCUUUUUGGAAAACAUAUCUAGUCUACAUGUUUUAGUUUUGCACUCUAAUAGGUUCCAAGGAGACAUUAACUGCCAAGGGAAAAAUAAUGAAAGCUGGUGGAAUCUUCAGAUCAUUGACCUAGCUUUCAACAAUUUUGGCGGCGAUCUACCUUCAAGGUAUUUCUCAAAUUGGAAGGCAAUGAUGAUUGACAAUGAUAAUGUUCAACCAAAGUUAAAUAAUCUGGGGCAUGCAUUCAGAUAUGAUUCUGGGUAUGAUUCUAGGUAUUAUUCAAGUCGAGUGAAUGUCAUCUACAAAGGAAAUGAGGUGGAGUGGGUGAAAAUUUUAACCAUCUUUACAUGCAUUGAUUUUUCAAGCAAUAUAUUUGAUGGGAAAAUACCAGAUACUGUUGGAAAUCUCAAAUCACUUGUUCUUCUCAACUUUUCAAUGGCUCAAUUCCAGCAUCAUUAG